CUCUGUUAACCAUAAGGUGAAUUUUAAUAAGAAAUAAGACAAAAGAAGUCACAAUUGAUGGAUUUAACUUUGACAAGAGUUGAUUAUACGCAAAUUGGUGUGACAUGCAAACGAUCCAUGCGAAUCAUUCCAGCUAAUCAAAGUACAAAGAAGAAAUCGAAAUUUCUGGAUAAAGUUGUUUGUGGUAGCCAAAAUGGAACCCUUCUAUGUUUCGGUAGGAAAGGUGAUGAAACACAAGUGAUUUUCAAAACGGCUUCUGGGCCAAAGAUAGUAUGCAUUUGUUUGGGUGGUGCACUUGGAAUGAUACAAGAUAAAAUCUUUUGCGCCUAUGAAGAUCGUGUCAAAGGUUAUACGAAGAAGGGCAAACAGUUCCUUGCAUUUGAUUCGAACAUGAUUGAACCAAUAUCAUGCAUGUACAUAUAUGGCGUUGAAAUGUUUCUUUGUGGUGAACGAAAUUUCAAUCAUUUUCAUGAUUGCAUUGAUGCUAAUGGUUAUUUAUGCGGGGAUCGAAUUAAUGACGUAAUUUGUCUACCAGUUGUAGAAGGUUCAUGGAUUGGUCGAGGUAUAACCCCUGUUAUUGCAUGCAAUGAUAAAACUAUUAAGGUAAUUGAGGGUAGCAAGCUGAGCUAUGAAAUAGGUUUGAGUGAUACACCAAAUGUGCUACAUCUUUUUAUGAAUGAUGGAGGUUUUAACAAGCAGAAAGUUCUGUACGGCACCAAAGAUGGUCACCUUGGAUUGGUGGAUUUAUCACCAGAAAGUGGGACAAUGCUAUGGGAAAUUCCGACAAAGAGUACAAGCGCCAUAACAUGCAUUUAUUGUUAUCCAAUGACCAGUGCAUUAACACCAAAUAUUAUUAUCGGGAAGGAGGAUGGGUUUAUUGAAAUUUAUACGGUUGAUAACACUGAUAAAGCUACUUUCUGCAAAAGUUACCAAUGUGAGGAUUGUGUGCUAAGCGUUCAAUGCGGACGAAUAUCAUCUCCCGAUUUUGAUGAAAUCGUUGUUUCUACUCAUAUGGGUUGGGUUUUUGCUCUUACUACAGAACCCAUCGCGAAACUAAAUCCCACCGUGGCAUUAUCACCUCUGGUAGAGGUCAAGGUUCAACAACUUAGAAAUGAAAUUGAAAAGUUACAGCAAAGGAUUGACAAAGAACAACAACGAUAUAAUGAGAUAAUGAUGGCAGAAGAUACCGUUUCCGUAUCAAUACCAAAUUUUAUCGUUAAUGAUCAAUUUAAACUUGAUAAAGAAGCCGUAUGCUACUCAUUAAUCAUUGAGCUCAUUAUACCAAUGGAUUUCAUCUUGCUUCAGAGUGAUGUAACCGUCGAGUUGCUUGAUGUCGAGAAGAAUGCAGCAAUCGUUUCCAUCACACCAAUCGAUGAAACAUCAAAAAAUGCGCUGUUGGCGACAUAUCGCUGUCAGGCCAGCACAACAAGGAUCGAAAUUAAAAUGCGCGCAUUGGAAGGCCAAUAUGGAAAUUUUAAAGCCUAUAUUUGCCCAAAAAUCCAUCCCAAAACAUGUCAGGUACGCAAUUAUGAGAUCAAACCCUUAUCAUUGCAUCAGCGAGUGCAUCAGUUUGAUUUAUCAAAACCAGCAAAUGUAUUGAAAUUAACCGGAAAUUUUUCGAUCGCCGAAGCACAUCAAUGGUUGAAUCUUCUGGUUUCGGAAAUUCCGGAACGACCACCACCACAGGAUUCUAUAACAUACAAUUUCUCAUCGGUUUUUAUUGGUACACAAAUGCAAGCUACAUAUAGCCGCGGUUCAGCCAUCUUUUCUAGUGACAAUAUUUCGACCAUUGCGAUCAUCGGUGAUGUCUUGAGUAAAGAAGUAACCAAAAAACAAGUCAGAGUAGACAUCCAGUAUGAUCUCAAUGAGCAAAGUAUCCCUCAUGUGCUUCAAGUGCUUCAUCCGAAACUUGAUCAUCAUGCAAAGUUAACAAAAAAGUUUGAACUAUGUCGAGCACUCAAAGAACUGACGUAUAAUAUCGACGACCUGUCCUACCUAACUGCCGAUACAAAACAGAUCAUGGAAUCAUUUGAUGAACUGCAUAAAGAAAUGGCUUCUUGUGAUAGAGAACGAAUGUCCGGACGAAAUGGGAAAUCGAAAGUGGACGAGCUUCUCGAUAUCAUAGCAAACUAUGAUCGUGACAAAUUGCUGCAAUUUUUUACGAAUAAAACUUGAC